GGAUAGUUGGUGGAUAUAAUUAUUGACUGGCGUCUGGGCUAUUGCAGUGAGGGGGGGUUAGGCAGGAAGGAAUCCGCCCCCACCCCCCCAAACCCUUUUCUUCUCCUUCCCUGGGUUCGGACAUUGGAGCACUAAAUGAACUUGAAUUGUGUCUGUGGCGAGCAGGAUGGUCGCUGUUACUUUGUGAUGAGAUCGGGGAUGAAUUGCUCGCUUUAAAAAUGCUGCUUUGGAUUCUGUUGCUGGAGACGUCUCUUUGUUUUGCCGCUGGAAACGUUACAGGGGACGUUUGCAAAGAGAAGAUCUGUUCCUGCAAUGAGAUAGAAGGGGACCUACACGUAGACUGUGAAAAAAAGGGCUUCACAAGUCUGCAGCGUUUCACCGCCCCGACUUCCCAGUUUUACCAUUUAUUUCUGCAUGGCAAUUCCCUCACUCGACUUUUCCCUAAUGAGUUCGCUAACUUUUAUAAUGCGGUUAGUUUGCACAUGGAAAACAAUGGCUUGCACGAAAUCGUUCCGGGGGCUUUUCUGGGGCUGCAGCUGGUGAAAAGGCUUCACAUCAAUAACAACAAGAUCAAGUCUUUUCGAAAGCAGACUUUUCUGGGGCUGGACGAUCUGGAAUACCUCCAGGCAGAUUUUAAUUUAUUACGGGACAUAGACCCGGGGGCCUUCCAGGACUUGAACAAGCUGGAGGUACUCAUUUUAAAUGACAAUCUCAUCAGCACCCUACCUGCCAAUGUAUUCCAGUAUGUGCCCAUCACCCACCUCGACCUCCGGGGAAACAGGCUGAAAACGCUGCCCUAUGAGGAGGUCUUGGAGCAAAUCCCUGGCAUUGCCGAGAUCCUGCUAGAGGAUAACCCUUGGGACUGCACCUGUGAUCUGCUGUCCCUGAAAGAAUGGCUUGAAAACAUUCCCAAGAACGCCCUGAUCGGGCGAGUGGUCUGCGAAGCCCCCACCAGACUGCAGGGUAAAGACCUUAAUGAAACCACCGAACAGGACUUGUGUCCCUUGAAAAACCGAGUGGAUUCUAGUCUCCCAGCGCCCCCAGCCCAAGAAGAGACCUUCGCUCCUGGCCCCCUGCCAACUCCUUUCAAGACAAAUGGGCAAGAGGACCAUGCCACCCCAGGAUCUGCUCCAAAUGGAGGUACAAAGAUACCAGGCAAUUGGCAGAUCAAAAUCAGACCCACGGCCGCAAUAGCGACCGGUAGCGCCAAAAACAAACCCCCAGCGAAUGGCUUGCCCUGCCCGGGGGGCUGCAGCUGCGACCACAUCCCUGGGUCGGGUUUAAAGAUGAACUGCAACAACCGGAACGUGAGUAGCUUGGCUGAUUUGAAGCCCAAGCUCUCCAAUGUGCAGGAGCUUUUCCUGAGAGAUAACAAGAUCCACAGCAUCCGAAAAUCGCACUUUGUGGAUUACAAGAACCUCGUUCUGUUGGAUCUGGGCAACAACAACAUUGCCACGGUGGAGAACAACACUUUCAAGAACCUUUUGGACCUCAGGUGGCUGUACAUGGAUAGCAACUACCUGGACACGCUCUCCCGGGAGAAGUUCUCCGGACUGCACAACCUGGAGUACCUGAACGUGGAGUACAACGCCAUCCAGCUCAUCCUCCCGGGCACUUUCCAUGCCAUGCCCAAGCUGAGGAUCCUCAUUCUCAACAACAACCUGCUGAGGUCCCUCCCCGUGGACGUGUUCGCUGGGGUCUCGCUCUCUAAGCUCAGCCUGCAUAACAAUUACUUCAUGUACCUCCCGGUGGCGGGGGUGCUGGAUCAGUUAACCUCUAUCAUCCAGAUAGACCUGCACGGGAAUCCCUGGGAGUGCUCCUGCACCAUUGUGCCUUUCAAGCAAUGGGCAGAACGCCUGGGUUCCGAAGUGCUAAUGAGCGACCUCAAGUGUGAGACGCCUGUGAACUUCUUUAGGAAGGAUUUCAUGCUCCUCUCCAAUGACGAGAUCUGCCCCCAGCUGUAUGCGAGGAUCUCGCCCACGUUAACUUCUCACAGUAAAAACAGCACUGGGUUGGCGGAGACCGGGACGCACUCCAACUCCUACCUAGACACCAGCAGGGUGUCCAUCUCCGUGUUGGUCCCGGGACUGCUGCUGGUGUUUGUCACCUCCGCCUUCACCGUGGUGGGCAUGCUCGUGUUUAUCCUGAGGAACCGAAAGCGGUCCAAGAGAAGGGACGCCAACUCCUCAGCGUCCGAAAUUAAUUCCCUACAGACAGUCUGUGACUCUUCCUACUGGCACAAUGGGCCUUACAACGCAGAUGGGGCUCACAGAGUGUAUGACUGUGGCUCUCACUCGCUUUCAGACUAAGACCCCCAACCCGGAUACGGGAGGGGAGCGCAAAAGAGAGAAAGUCUCCCGGCCAAUGGCAUCCCCGGGGUCAGAGCGGCAUUGACCCAAAUCCAGUGCGCCUCAGGCCCUGAUAGACACAGAUAAAUAAAUAACUAUGAACCCGCUCAACGGAGAGGGUCUGACUCCCUAGCUCCCUUCUGGAAACAAAGAGCAGACUGUGGCGAGCUGGAAGAGCACAGCCAGCUCGCUCUCUGCUCGGAGCCCCAUUUGACAGGAAGCCCAGCAUGGGCUCAGCUGAAAGAAUUCACAGCGCCCUCGCCCUCCGCCAAGGGGCGGGUGGGGACGGAUGCCGCGGAUCUAUACAUAUAUACAUAUAUCCACAUCUAUAUAGAGAGAUAGAUAUCUAUUUUUCCCCUGUGGAUUAGCCCCCACGAUGGCUCCCUGUUGGCUCUGCAGGGAUGGGCAGUUGCACGAAGGCAUGAAUGUAUUGUAAAUAAAUAACUUUGACUCCUGACAAAAGAAAAAAAAGCGACAAGUGCUGCAUGGCUCGCAUGGAACCCACGCGCUCCAGGGACUCUGCCCGCCCCCGCGACUGGAGACAGCGUCUCGUUCACAGCACCCACCCUCUUACCUGAUAAGUCCCAUCGUAUCAAACUUUCUCUAAACGAAAUACAGUAUAAUCAGAAAGUGCCAUUUCGCCAUUAUUGUGAUCGGUAGGCAGUUCAGAGCGUACGUUUACUGUGAAAAAAAAAAUGUAAAGGUUUUAUUUAAGACAUUUGCAUGGCUAGUUAUCAGUCCAUUUUAUGAGUUAACGAUGUAUUUUGUUGAGGGAAAUUUUUAGGGGUUGUUUUGGGUUCCUUUAUUUUGAUGGUGAUGUUUUAUUUUAUUUUAUUUUAUUUUUGAGGGGGAAUAUUUUUCUAUACAUAUCCAAUAAUGCCUUCCAUCUGAAUGUAAAAUAAGUACCCAUGAUUUCUAUUAUAGUAUCAGUGUAAUUAUUUAAAAAAAAAAAGAUUUUGAGGCAGUUAAGCAUGACCAAUUAAUGUCACUCUAGUGCUUAGGCUGCGACCCUAUGGUAGCAAUUCUGUGCUGGUAUAAAUCUUACUUACAAAGUAGGAAAAAAGAACCGAGGAAGCACGUGGAACUUACUAAUUCUAUUCGAGGAUUUUAUAAUGGCAUAUUUUUUCAGUAUUAAAGUGAAAAUGUUUUCAAA